AUGACGUUCAACCCCUUCUUGACCUCGGACCGCAGCAAGAACCGCAAACGCCACUUCAAUGCUCCCUCGCAUGACGACGAGGUCCAGGUGGUUCAAGGACACUACGGAGGUCAGCAGAUUGGCAAGGUAGUCCAGGUGUACAGAAAGAAUUAUGUCAUCUACAUCAAGAGGGUGAAGUGUGAGAAGGCUAAUGGGACAUCUGUCCAUGUGGGCAUUCACCCGAGCAAGGUGGUUAUUACCAGACUCAAACUGGACAAAGAUCAGAAAAAAAUUCUUGAACGCAAAGCCAAAUCUCAACAAAUUGGAAACGAGAAAGGCAAAUAUAAGGAAGAACUUAUUGACAAAUGCAAGAAUGAAUAUAACCUGUUAUGA